CUCUUCUUUUCUCCUGUUCUCUUUUUGCUCGCGUGUCCGCUAUAUAUUUCCUCCGCUAUAUUUCCUUUGUUCCGCCGCUGACCAUGCGGUGGAAUCGCGAUGAAAAGUGAAAAUAUCGGUGAACGGAGCGACGCGCACGUUGCACACGCUGGUUAUUUCGAGUCAAUUUGCAGCUUGCACAACUCACUUCAAGGUCCUUAUCGGUAACGGAAAUUCUCGCUCACCUGAGCGCGAGUGCGAAAGGACAUUUGAGACGGCGUAACGUAACACGGAUUGUCUAUUCCGCGACACGCUGCAUUCUUCGAGAUUAAUCAUUGAGUGUUGCGUCACUCUCACCGAGGCGCAAUUUACAAUUGCAGCUUGGAUGACUCUUGCGCGCGAUGCGCACCUUCGUGAAAUGAAAAUCAGGAGUUUCUUGAUGUUUCCGCGAUUUACGUAAGCGAAUUCUCUAUCGAGUGACUUCAUUCCUUUCCGUUUCGUUCUGAGCCACGAGCGGACAAAAUGAAGGAUGUUUAUAAGUACUUGGAUACAUCGAGUGUAUCCUGAGACUCGCUCAACUUCUUUCUCCUCUCAAUUUCCAUCUGUUCUACCACCUGACCGCGGUUUCCUGUUUUGCGCGAGAGGAAUUAGCGUGGAUACGUUAAAUCGUUCGCGCGAUCGCUGGCGUACCUUCGAGCGAUUUGUACGUCUUUCACAAGACAAGUUUCCUUCGCGGCGAGAACAAGAUCCGCAAUAAGAGCAAGGGAGGAAGACGGGCAGAAGACGAAGGACAUCACGUGAAGGAAAGGACUGUGAGAAACUGCGCGCUCCUCGGGAUAACUACUUCAUCAAACAUGUACAAAUACCAAGAAUUUCUUGAUGUUGCGACUUUAACGAACGAGGAAUAUUAGCCUUGGACGUCGUACAGUGUGAUGUAAGAAAAGAAAAAGAAUGCACAUGGCGUGAUGUCGUUUGCACUUCGUAGAUGUGCUUUUGUUCUUCACACGAUACGUUCACGCAGCACCCAGUCACGGUGACGAGAACGACAGAAAAGGGAUAAGGCAGGGGAUAUUGAUGUGCCUUGCGCGUGUAAUCGGACGCGUUAAAGGACCCCCCUUGAGAGAAGCGUCCUUGCAUCCGUGUUGCAGCAGGCAACUUGCACAGGUUCCCGACUUACGUAUACAUGGCGCACAUGGUACAUCCGACAGCUGUCCCCGUUCAUUUCAUCCCAGAUUGUUCACUGAACUUCGAAACAGGAGCAUCCUCCUGCCCGGUGCACUCGCGCGAGCAUAACAAAAUCCUGGAGGUGGGGAGUGCAUCCGCAUCGGGGACGGGACCCCGAAAACUUUACGGUGUGGCGCGUCGAAUGCACUUUGCGGCGCUAAUUUGAACCUCGUGAACCGAAGCGCGUGUUAACGCGUGGAAGAACCUCUUGGACGGUGUUCCUUAAACUUUCCUUCUAUCCCAAGAGACCCUCGGACAACAGUUUUUCUUCCUUUAACCCGGAAGAGUUUCUCGAAAACUUAGGAACAAACGAAAUACCGUUUAAGAACCUGCAAUUACGUUUGGAUACGAUCGUUAAUGCUCUUGGGUUUUCUAAGUAUAAAAAGAUACAAGAUGGAAAGGCAGAAAAUAAUGAAAGCGUUAAUGAUAAUAAUGAUAAAUGAUAUAAAUGAUAUAAAUGUGAAUUUAAAAUGUUGAAAGAGGAAGAUAAUUAGGAAUGAGACAACGGGAUGCGCGAUAGAGAUAGACAACGGAGUUCGCCUAUGGGAACGUAUCUUCGGUGGGAAUCUGCAUGUGGCUGUGUGCUAAUUCGGACUUAUGCCUCGUUGAACAUGCGGUUUUUAAACGCUCGGCCGGCACCGUUGCGAUAACAGGACGGGGCGAUACUUCGCAUACGAGCGACUUGCAAUUUCUCGCAACGAUGCAUCUUCAGCUAUUAAUCACCGUAGAGGGGAUGUGCCAUAAUCGACGACGUGGAUGCGAGGAAGGGAAGCGCGCGGACAAAACCACUUCAGGAGCCACGUUUCAUCAAUCAACCGUCCAGUAGUAGCAAUAUACUUAGCGAAAAUCGCACGAAGUUUCUACAAUGCCAAGCGAGAGGCAAUCCUCAACCAAAGUACAAAUGGUUCAAAGACGGGAUGCCCCUCAACAACGAAGUCACCUCGGGCGAGCCUUAUUAUCGUAUUCUUAGUACGCGGCGCGAGGAUGCUGGGGUGUAUCAUUGCGUCGCAACGAACGACGUGGGAUCCAUAUUCAGCGAUCGUCUCGUCUUCGCCGUAGCUUAUAUGGGUACAUUCGAUGAUCUCACGGAGAAAGUGGUAACCGUCGAGUCGGGUAGCGCCGCAAUUCUGGAACUACCCCCGAUUGAGAGCCAUCCUCCCCCUGCCGUAACGUGGCUCUCCUCGGACGGGACUCUUCUGUAUGGUAUAAAGUACGCUACGACUGAUCACACAUUGAUCAUACUAAACGCUUCGGAAAACGACGAGGGCUCCUACAGAGCGAAGGCUAUUAACACUCAAUUGGGUACGGAGGUGAGCAGUCCGUUUUUUAAACUGCAAGUCAUCGGCGAUCCAAAUGCGGAAGUAGCCCCUACCAUAAUCGUCAAGCCGCAGAAUACGCAGAUAAUCAAAGAUCAAGAUGUCACGCACAUAUAUUGCAUCGCGAAUGCCAGAUCCCUUCAUGAAUUAAGGACCUUAUGGAUGAAAGAUGGCAUUCCGAUCGAGAACUCUAGAAUAUCGUAUAGCUUUAAUGAUUCGUGGAACAGAACGCUCGCAUUGAUCUCAGCCAACAUAACUUACACAGGAAUUUAUUCUUGCCACGUAGAUUUGCGGAGUGGUGGUUAUCCGACUAUAAAUGCGAGUGCUAAAAUCGUUGUAUAUGAAAAACCAACAUUUAUAACGGAAUUAAAAAGGGAAACUCUGAGCGAUUAUGGGUCCACAGUAACGUUACCGUGCGACGCUAACGGUGUGCCACCUCCUACAAUCACUUGGUUCCGUAAUGCCGAGCCUGUUGAUCAUUUACUGGGAACCAGAUACUUAAUGGAGGAAGACGGCUCGUUGACAAUUAAGAAAUUAAGUAUGGAUGAUUCGGGAAUGUUUCAGUGUCUCGCGUCCAAUGAAGCCGGCGAAUCAUCUAGUUAUACCUGGUUAAAAGCGAAAAAAAAAGGAUUAGGAAGCAGAUUGAGAAACAGAGUUGCCCGCUGGGCGGCUGGCUACAAUGUAGUCAGAGUCCGCCAGUCUGAUCGCCGUUUUAUGUUCUCUCAAUAUCCAAACACAUCUGGACCGAUAAUGGAAAACGGACCACAGAAUUUAACAGUAUUAGAUGGCAAAGAUGCAACUCUAAGUUGCAAUGCAAUCGCAGCGCCUAAGCCAAAUGUCACUUGGUAUUACAACGAUACAAUGUCUGUGGAAAUUGCUGGGAGAGUACAAGUCUUGGACAACGGAGAUCUUUUAAUCGCAGCAGUGAAACCGUACGAUGCGGGAAGAUAUACUUGCAUUCGCGCGAAUGAAGCCGGUUCUGUCAAUGGAUCGGCAUACUUAACCGUUAUGGUUCGGACUCAAAUUAUCCAUCCACCUGUUGAUACGUCUGUGCUUCUCGGGCGUACCGCUGAAUUGCAGUGUAAAGUUUCGAACGAUCCCAGCAUCGUAUACGAUAUGGCAUGGUUUCACAAUGGACAAGUAAUAAAUACGCAAGCAAGUCAAAGAGUGAAAAUGCGAUCAGACGGCACUCUCGAGAUCGUUACCGUUCGAGCUUCCGACGUGGGCGAGUAUACAUGUUCCGUGGUGUCGCCGGGUGGCAACGAAACGCGAUCUGCUCGUCUGAGCGUAAUCGAAUUGCCGUUCCCACCGAUCAACGUCGUGGCCACGCGAGUCGAGAGGAUCUCGCCGCGCACGAUUAACGUCACAUGGGUGCCCGGCUUCGACGGCAAUAGUCCUACGAAAAAAUUUAUAGUCCAGAGACGAGAGGUAUCCGAUCUAGGACCAAUACACGACCCAAUAUUAAACUGGAUUACUGAACGUGAUAAUGUAUCCGCGACCAGUCGAUGGAUAUUGUUGAAUAAUUUAAAAGCCGCGGCGUCUUAUCAAUUUCGUGUUAGCGCCGAGAACAGCGUCGGUGAAGGUCCAUCGUCAGCAGCUAGCAACAUCAUUGUUCUACCCCAAGAACCGCCCAGUGGUCCGCCCAUUGGCUUCGUCGGCUCAGCACGUUCAUCAUCGGAAAUAAUAACACAAUGGCAACCUCCACUAGAAGAAUAUCGAAACGGCCAUAUCUUAGGAUAUAUAUUGAGAUAUACGCUUUUCGGAUAUAAUGAUAGCCCAUGGACGAUACAAAAUAUCACCAAUGAAGCGCAAAGAAAUUAUCUCAUUACAGAUUUAAUCACAUGGAAAGAUUAUGAAGUGCAAAUAGCGGCUUACAAUGAGAAGGGCGUGGGUGUAUAUUCAAAGGGCUUGCAAAUAAAAACCAAGGAAGGAGUCCCAGAAGCACCUCCCACAAACGUAAAAGCGAAAGCAAUUAAUUCAACAGCGGUAAAAAUUUGGUGGAAGCCACCGAAUCCUCAGAAAAUUAAUGGGAUUAAUCAGGGAUACAAAUUGCAAGCCUGGAUUGGCGACAAUUUUACAGAUGCGACUGAAUAUAAAUCGAUGACUGUGCCGCCGAGUUUAUUCGAUCCGCUCGCCGAGCAGGACGCUAUUAUGACAGGUUUAAGAAAAUACACUUUGUACAAUAUCACGGUGCUCUGCUUCACCGAUCCAGGUGACGGUGAAAGGAGCUCGCCUGUCGAAAUUCGUACUUGUGAAGACGUACCUGAAGAAGUGGAGAAUCUACAAUUUGAAGAUAUCAGUGAUCGUGCGCUAACAGUUAAAUGGUGUCCUCCCAAAGAGACCAACGGAAUACUGACACAUUAUCAACUGAAAUACAUGAUUAAAGACAUUCCGGAUUCUUUGCGCGUCGAGAACUUCACGGCUGAUGUGUUAUCGAUUAAAGUAGAACAUCUUCAGGCACUGACUCACUACAAGUUUGAAGUGACUGCUUGGACAUCGGUUGGAUCUGGCAAAUCAAAAAUAGCGACCAUACAAUCAGGCGUCGAACCGGUGCUACCAGAACCACCCACGAAGUUAGCGUUAUCCAACAUAGACGCAUUCUCCAUUGUGUUGCAGUUCACGCCAGGAUUUGAUGGAAAUUCGUCUAUCACGAAGUGGACAGUACAGGCACAAACGGCGCGAAACUCGACGUGGUACACUAUAUACGAAGUAUCCGAUCCCGACGCCAGUACGAUUACCGUUGACGGUUUGACUCCUUUCAUGCAAUACAAGCUUCGUUUGAUCGCAAAUAACGUCGUCGGUGCCUCAGACCCCUCUGAGCCGACCAAAGAGUUUCAGACGAUUCAGGCACCACCCUCGCAUCCUCCGAAAAACGUCACAGUUCGCGCGAUGAGUGCUACCGAAUUACGCGUUAGGUGGAUCCCAUUGCAGCAAAUAGAAUGGUAUGGAAAUCCACGAGGAUAUAAUGUUACUUAUACGGAAGUACGAUCGAACAUAUCGAAGAGUAGUAUUAUCGAGGAUCACACUGCAAAUUCGUAUAUUUUGGAAAGUAUGGAGGAGUUUGCUGAUUACGAAAUAGUGAUGCAAGCAUUCAACGAUGUUGGCUCUUCAGCGGCGAGUCCAAAGGCUAUUGAACGAACUCGUGAAUCAGUUCCUUCCCUGGGACCGAUAAACGUAGAAGCAAACGCAACUUCCUCUACGACUAUUCUGGUGCGAUGGGGUGACGUACCUGUGGAACAUCAAAAUGGACAGAUCGAAGGCUUUAAAGUAUAUUAUGGCGCGAAUUCCAGAUCAACUUUUCAGUAUAAGAAUAUUCCCAGCAAUACCACUUUUACAACCACUUUAACAGAACUUCGCAAGUUCGUCCAGUAUCAUGUGCAGGUUUUAGCCUACACAAGACUUGGUGAUGGAGCGCUAAGCAUUCCAUCUGUGAGAGUUCAGACCUUCGAAGACACUCCUGGUCCACCAUCUAAUGUAUCUUUCCCUGACGUGAGUUUAACCACAGCGCGUAUUAUCUGGGACACACCAGAGGAUCCUAACGGGGAGAUUCUUGCGUACAAAGUUAUGUUUAACUUAAACAACAGCCAAGAUUCUCCUUUUUCUAGAGAAUUUCCAGCGUCAGAUAGAACGUUCAGAGCCACCGAACUCAAGUCCGAAAAGUAUUAUAUGUUCUCUGUAACGGCACAAACGAAAUUGGGUUGGGGUAAAACAGCUUACGCGCUUGUAUUUACCACGAACAAUAGAGAACGUCCUCAAGCACCAUCGGUACCGCAAGUGAGCAAGUCACAGAUUCAGAGUCGUCAGAUAACAUUUAGCUGGACACCAGGCAGAGAUGGUUUUGCACCAUUAAGAUAUUACACAGUGCAACAAUCAGAAAAUUCUGGACCAUUCCAAAUUAUUCCCGAAAGAGUGGAACCCACUCUGACGUCUUACACGGCUAACAAUUUAAAGCCCUACACACACUAUCAAUUUCGCAUUCAGGCUACUAACGACAUAGGUCCAUCAGAGUGGAGCAGUGAGUCUGCUCAAGUACAAACUCUGCCUGCAGCGCCAUCAAAGGGUGUCACCGGUCUGAAAGUUGUUCCGAUAACAACAUCCAGUGUUGAGGUUCAUUGGAACAUGAUCGACGAGGUACAUUGGAGUGGCGAUUACGAAACUGGUGGCUAUCGUGUUGUUUAUCAGCCGGUAUCGGAUUUCCCAACGCCUCUUCAGGCGACGCCGAAAGAAGAAAUUCUAGGAAUUAAACAAACCAAAAUGGUCUUAAGCGACUUAACAGAAGAUCGAUAUUAUGAGAUUGUAGUGCUACCAUUUAAUUCAGAAGGUGAGGGCCCACCGAGUCCACCAGUCACUGUGUACGUGGGAGAGGCAGUUCCUACGGGGGAACCCCAGCAUCUAAAAGCCGAGCCCAUUUCUUCUACCGAGGUUCAUUUGUAUUGGAAACCUCCUCAAGCUAAUAUGCAAAAUGGCGAUUUAUUAGGAUAUAAGAUUUUUUAUUUAGUAACCGAUUCUCCUCAAGAUUUAGAGAAAAAACAAGAAGAAGAGAUAGAAGUCGUUCCAGCGUCUUGUUUGACACAUAACUUAGUCUUUCUUGACAAGUAUACAGAAUAUCGCAUACAAGUUUUAGCGUUUAAUCCGGCCGGAGAUGGCCCAAGAUCUCCGCCAAUUACUGUGAGAACGAAACAGGAUAUACCAGGACCACCAUAUCAUUUGCAAUUUAACGAAAUUACCAUGACCAGCUUGCGCGUUUCUUGGAACCCUCCGAAGUUACGCAAUGGCGAGAUAGUUGGUUACAUCGUUACUUAUGAAACUGCAGAGCAAAAUGACCGUUUUAGUAAACAAGUUAAACAAAAAGUGACGGAGACGAGUCUUCUUAUUCAACCGCUGGAAGAGGAAGUAACGUAUACCUUCAUGGUUCGCGCGCAGACGAUCGACUUCGGACCGCCGAUAUCCGGCAAUGUUACAACUGGUCCGCAAGAAGGUUCGCCGAUGGAGCCUAGCAAUCUCGGCGUGACUAAAACAGUCUCCAGUGUGGAACUGCAAUGGACCAAUGGUGCUUCCGGCAAAGGUCCUAUACUCGGUUAUUACAUCGAAACUCGUCGUAAAGCGAUGGAAGAAUGGCAGCAUUACGAUUCGCGCUGGCAGACAAUAGUUCGUACCAGUAAUGGACCACUGACGGAAUAUACCGUGUCUUAUCAAAAUUUACUGCCAUCCACAUCGUAUUUGUUCAGAGUAAUAUCAUACAAUCGUUAUGGAAUCAGUUAUCCAGCAUAUUCCACCGAAACGAUUUUGACACCAUCGAAACUGUACCUGGAAUACGCAUAUCUACAACACAGGCCAUUUUACAGACAGACCUGGUUCAUGGUUACUUUAGCCGCUAUAUCAAUUAUAAUUAUCAUUAUGGUCAUAGCAGUAUUAUGCGUAAAGAGUAAAAGUUACAAAUACAAACAAGAGGCACAAAAGACUCUGGAGGAGUCGAUGGCGAUGGACGCGGACGACAGGCAAGAGUCGGACUUAGAAUUGUACAGAUCACGCCAGGGUGGAGGUGGUGCCGUUAAUGCGACAAGCGGCACUCUGGGUAAAAGAAAUACAUUGGCCCGGAAGGCAAUGCAUCCUCCGCCACCUACUAUGCUGGGCAAAUCGCCUCCCAGGCCUUCUCCAGCGUCGGUCGCCUAUCAUAGCGACGAAGAGAGUCUCAAGGGAUACGAUGAGAAUCCUGACGACAGUAGUGUCACGGAGAAGCCCUCCGAAAUUAGUUCUACCGAUUCUCAGGGUUCCGAGAGCGAGAACGAGAGUGUGCAAUCCGAUCCACAUUCCUUCGUGAAUCACUAUGCGAACGUCAACGACUCGUUAAGACAAUCGUGGAAACGGCAGAAACCCGUCCGGAACUAUUCAUCAUACACGGACUCCGAGCCGGAAGGCAGCGCGGUCGUCAGUCUGAAUGGCGGUCAGAUCAUCAUGAAUAACAUGGCCAGAUCGAGAGCGCCGCUUCCCGGUUUUUCGUCGUUCGUGUAAUGAAAUGAAUUAUCAAGACUACGUUAAGAUAGGAAUUUUUUUCCUACAUCAAAAUUAAUAUCGCAGCUACUUCGUUCUUAGCGAAGUCUUUUUAUAAAUAUACGUACAUAGAGCGAAAGACUUAUGUCGGGAACACGUGUGUUUCGCAUGUAUUCCCGCGACGACAUAGACUUAUAGCAAACUGUAGGAAGCUUCAGGCAUCUUCGUAUUGUGAUAUAUUGAUACAUAUAUUAUUUAUAAUUUUCGAUAAGACAUUUUGCAUUUAAUAGAUACUUUUGUACUUUCUUGGAUUAGUUUAAGAAUCAAACAGCUAGCUUACGAAUCUCGUACGAAUAUCUUACAAAUUUCGUGCCUGUACAGAGCAGAAAAGUGUAAGUCCAAAUAUCAUUCUUUUUUUCAACAGAUAUUUCGGUCUUAGACUCUUCUAUUUUUCAGGUACAAUUAUAGAUACACGAUUACAUUCGAUCCUGAGGAUCUUGUACUCUUUAAAAGUAUUUAUAUCGUCGACGUAUUUAUAAACGAUAAUCGGGAUCGUGAUAUUGCAGAAUUUUCAAAACAAAAAAUAUCAAUUCAGAUUCAACAUAGCAAUCGUUGGCCUAUCUAUCUUAUUAAUCCAGUAAAGACUUUAUUAUAAAGAUCGCGAGUUGUGGGGCACUGUAUAAAUCCUCUCUUAUGCUGACGUAUUUGUACGUCAGAUGUGCUUGUAAAUAUGUUAUAUAUUUUCUGUAAGAAUGUAGAUUUUGUAUAAUGCUGCUAUACAUGUAUUCAGCGGACUAUAUCUAUCGCAUUCGCAUUUUGUGAUAAUACAGUAAAUGCUCCAUA